AUGCUUGCAGAGCUUGUUUACGACGGGCCAGAAAUAACCAGAGAGGCUGAACUGUGGCAGCGCAUACAAGAUGCUAAAAAUAGACUGCUAGAAACACGAAGAGACGUUAUUAUCAAUAUAUUACCAAAAUCUAUCUAUCUAGCAUAUUAUUAUUAUUUUUUUUCUCUCUCUCUCUCUCUCUCUCUCUCUCUCUUUGUAGAAUGGUUUUUUCUUUGCUUCUUUUUUUUUACUCCAUUCUUAAUUCCGUUUCACUUGCUUUUUUUCUUUUAUUUUGUAUAUCAUUAUUUUUCUUUCAUUCUAUAUUCUUUUUUUCUUUCUUUUAUUUUGUGUCUGAUACAUUUUCUCUCAUUCUAUAUUCUGUAUCUAUCAUCCAUUUUAUUAAAUUUUUCAUUCUUUAUUCUGUUUCAUUCUUUUUCUUUUAUUCUAUAUUCUUCUGAUAUCAACACCCACUGUCUGUUCUUUCAAUCUUUUAUUACUUUUUCUUCCUUUAUUCUGUGUUUCAUUCAUUUUCUUGAAUUCUAUAUUCUGUAUCUAUCAGCCCUUUUAUUAAAUUUUUUCUUUCUUUAUUUUGUAUUUCAUUCUUUUUCUUUCCUUCUAUAUCCUGUAACUUUCAGUCUUUUUAUUAAGCUUUUUUAUUUCUUUUAUCCUGUUUUUCAUUUUUUUUCUUUCAUUUAA